AUGGGGGCUCUGAGACCCGCCGGAACGAGUUUCGAGAAGAUAUUGAACUUUCGAGAUGUUGGCCACUUCGUUGGUGACACUACCAUGACAGAUGCCGGACCGAAGCUACGGAGUGGUCGCCUAUAUCGAAGUGCGCGUCUCGACGACGCCUCGGCAACUGACAGAACAGCCCUUGUCAAUGAUACUGGCAUCAGGACGGUCAUUGACUUGAGGUCCAAGACAGAGCUCAUUAACGCGGCCAAGAAGCACUCUGACGCGGCAGCGUUGGCCCAGUCAGCAGUAAUACCUUCGUCCAACAGUCAGAUUGCACAGCCGUUGAAGAUCCCUGGACUACGGUACGAGGAAAUCAAUCUCAAUGGUAAAGGUUUCGAGCGAGCGCUGGUGUGGCAGCUCUCAUACAUCAGCCUCGCUCGGCUGACAUUCUUGAUGGCGCUUGGAUAUCGCACCGAGGGUAUCUCGGUGUUAGGGAAAGAGAUUAUGCAACCACGUGGCUUGAUAGGUUUAGGAACGGAUACUCUAGACCAUUCCGGGCCCGAGAUCAAACAAGUUUUUGAUGUACUGAGCGAUGAAAGUGCUUAUCCACUUCUUGUACACUGUACGCAAGGCAAGGACCGGACAGGCAUCACGGUGCUAUUGGUGCUACUGCUUUGCGGGGUUGAUCUGUCCGCAAUCACUGCCGAUUAUGUGAAAUCUGAGGCUGAGUUGGAACCUGAGAAAGAAGAGCGGAUGAAGGAGAUCUCCAGCAUUGGUCUGGACGAAACAUUCGCCCAGUGUCCAGCGAACUUCUGCUCCGACAUUAAGGAGUAUCUGAGUACCAAGUAUGGCGGUGUCAGCAACUAUCUUGAGAAGAUAGGCGUUGACAGCCAUCAGCAGGAGGCGGUGCGGCGUAUCAUGCUCGUAUGA